UCCAGCUUAGUAAAGGAACACGAUAUUUAGAAGUUAACCAGACUCGCCAGCAAGAAGCAAGGGGUAGAGGACAUUUGAUCAGGGAUGCACCGUUUAAGGUCACUGCCCGCGGGGGUCUAUCGCCCGAGAGCUGUCAGUGCUUCUGGCAAAGACAACAGCUUGAUCCAGAGGCUGUGGAAGUGGCAAUAUCCCCCUGGGUCGCGGGCAGUGAGCGGUGCCAAUGGGUUUGACAGAAGCCCUCUCCUCAACCAUCCCACACCCGGGAUUAAAAGCGGCGAUCCACAGAGAGAACCGAGGAAGCACAAACCGGGCUUGAUGCCAGGACUGGAGGAUAUGCUAUUCUACACAAUCACCGAGGGAGAAGAGCAGAUUACGACCCCCAAGUUUAUCAGUGCAUUAAAAUCAACAGGGCUGCUGACCUCUGACCCCCGGCUGAAGUACUGCAUGGACCUCCUGCGUCAGACUGUACAGAGUUCCUCAAAUAGCGUCAUGCUGGACAGGCACCUCUUCAAAAAAUUUUUCGGGAGUAACAUUGUUCUACUGACCCAAGCCUUCAGGAAGAAAUUUGUCAUCCCCGACUUUGAAGUAUUUUCAUCACAUAUCAACCGACUCUAUGAGAAUGCAAAAAUGAAGACCAGUGGCAAGGUUGCAGACUACAUCCCACAACUGGCCAAAUUCAGCCCAGAUCUCUGGGGAGUUUCUCUGUGCACAGUGGAUGGACAGAGAUACUCCAUUGGAGAUACCAAAGUUCCCUUCUGCUUACAAUCUUGCAUCAAGCCGCUGGAAUAUGCGAUUGCAGUGAAUGAAUUUAGCACUGACUUUGUUCACCAGUAUGUAGGCAAAGAACCGAGCGGACUACGCUUCAAUAAAGUCUUUUUGAACGAAGAAGAUAAACCUCAUAAUCCUAUGGUCAACGCAGGUGCAAUAGUUAUCACCUCACUUAUCAAGCCUGGAGCAAACAAAGCGGAAAAGUUUGACUGUAUUAUGCAUUUCCUUAAUAAGAUGGCAGGACAUGAAUAUGUGGGCUUCAGCAAUGCUACGUUUCAGUCAGAGAAGGAGACGGGAGACAGGAAUUUUGCCAUCGGAUAUUACUUGAAGGAAAAGAAGUGCUUUCCAGACGGCGUUGACAUGAUUGCGACGCUAGAUUUCUACUUCCAGCUCUGCUCGAUCGAGGUGACAUGCGAAUCGGGUGGCGUGAUGGCAGCUACCUUGGCCAAUGGUGGCAUUUGCCCGAUCACUGGAGAGCGGAUCCUGAGUGCCGAGGCAGUGAGGAACACCCUCAGCCUGAUGCACUCCUGCGGGAUGUACGACUUCUCAGGCGAAUUUGCUUUUCACGUUGGCCUUCCAGCAAAAUCUGGUGUUUCUGGUGGUGUUCUGCUUGUGGUGCCCAAUGUGAUGGGUGUGAUGUGUUGGUCCCCCGCCUUAGACAAAGUUGGCAACAGCGUGAGAGGCAUCGACUUCUGCCAGGAGCUGGUCUCCCUCUUCAACUUUCACAACUAUGAUAACCUGAGGCAUUUUGCCAGGAAACUGGAUCCACGGCGAAACGGAAGUGAAGCGAGGGAGGAGUCAGUAGUGAACUUGUUAUUUGCUGCUUACAGCGGUGACAUAGCCGCACUGAGGAGAUUUGCACUUUCUGCUAUGGACAUGGAACAGAAAGAUUAUGAUUCACGUACACCCUUGCACAUCGCUGCCGCUGAAGGUCACGUGGAAGUAGUCUGUUUUCUUCUCGAUGCAUGUUGUGUGAAUCCGUUCUGCAAGGACAGGUGGGGCAAUACUCCUCUUGAUGAUGCGAUUCACUUCAACCAUCAGCAAGUUGCAAAGCUGUUAAGAAACUACCAAUCAUCGUACCCAGUGUCGGAGUCGACAGAGUGUGAAGAGGAUACAUCUGAUGACAAUGCAGGGGAGACUAGCAAAGGAGGUGAAACAUCACCCACUUCUUUGGUUACAAAAGCCUGAAAGUAGGCCCCAGUUCCAGUGUCAUGUCAAUGAUGUCGUUGCGUGAUAGCUGUCUGUAGUCCCAGCAGUCUCCAAAUUAACUAUCAUAGGUCCAGUGGCCAACAUGCCCCAGAGUAGUAAAGUCGCAGACUAUUAUUUGCAGAUUUCUUGCAGUUUUGAAUGGUUGACUCCAAAGCUGCCACUGUGUGCAAGUCCAGACCAAGCUAAACAAAUGAGAUACUCACACUUCAAUGAUCCAAAGGAAAUUUAAUAUAUCUACGAGAAGUAAUUGAGCAGCAUAGAAUCAGAAAAGGUUUAAUAAAAUAGAAGAUAUGCAAGAACCAAAGAAGGAAAUUAAAAUAAGGCAAUAAAAUCCCACCACCAGCACUUUCUACUCUAUCACCCAUGGAACUAUCUGAAGAACAGCUAUAUUGGAUAUACCAAAUACUUGGCUUUCUGCAUCUCGAGAUAAUCUAACCUUAGAAUCAGUACAGAGAAAAAUAAUUUCUCACAUGUUUCCAUAUAGUUAAGGUGCAAAGUGCACAAGUACUCCUGGCUUUAGUAGAUUUGUAUUUGUCAAUGUUGUACUUGUAUAUUAUGAAUUAUGAAAUGACUGUCCUCUAGCAGCUUUUGAGUGUACAGGUGUCACUGUCUAAAGUAAAGCUAUAGGCAUCAUUCAGUGUUAAAUUGCUAUUUAUUUUGUGGUAAUGCAA